GAUAGCCUUUCAAGCAUGCUGAAAGUGGAACAUACUCAGUGAUGGUAUCCGAAUCGUUUGGUCCAUAGGCCCAGCUUUGCUUUGCCUAGAAGGAAAUAAGAAGAGUGCAGAAGCUGGUGAUGAGGAACAUUCGCUCUGUGCGGAUCUUGACGUAUUUUGGGAUGUACCAAAAGCCGAAGGUGGAUGCUCUGGGAGGCGAAUCAUUCCAAUUUCACUGCAUACACUCUGAUAGCACAUGGAGAGUGCGUUGUCAUCCGAUCAGAACUUUUCCUCGCUCUUGCCUCUAUCGUCCCUCCCACAGUCAAAAUUGUCAAAAUUUUUAGCACGAAUGCUGCAUUCGCGCUUCUGGAUCGUCGUCGUAGGUGUCGGUACUGUACACUUAGACAACAAUGCCAAAACAUUAUCAGCCCUGAUCAAUAAUUACCCACGAGUUUUGUGUCUAGGUUCACGAGGAAGACUACUGGGUGUGGUAAUGAAUUCGCUUGCAAACGUUCUCGAUGCGCAGGGGAGCCAUGUGCUCUCCGAGAACAUAGUAUUCGAGAGUUCUCGCAUGACGUGUGGUAUGUGGGCUCGUGGUGGGAUGGAUAUACUGGCGCUGUCCCGACGGGACGAUGAAUACGGAUCGAUCGAAUCAGGAGCGGAGGCAUCAUGUUGAUUGCCUGUGGGCUUGGAGGGCUAGAUCCUCAAUGGUUGGGAAUGCCUUUUCGAAGAAGGGGCAUGAAGCCUUUUAUAGAAGUUAGCAACAACGA